UAUUUAUAACGUUCUACGUCGCGUCCAACGAAGCAUCUCGUUAGUCUGUUAUCUCAUCGCAUCACGAUGGUUUCGACCUUCGUGUUGUUGCUGACUACUCUAGUCGUCAUCGGCGUUCUGAAAAUUCUUUCUGUGCUGCAUCACGCGUAUUUUUACUGGAGGAAUAAGGGCCUACCUUACCUGCCAAAUUCGCUAUCGUCUUUUAUAACAGUUUCGAAAGUGUUUAUAGGCUACAUCCCAUUGGCCGAUUAUUGCCAAUAUAUAUACCGUUUCUUUCCAAACGCUAAAUAUGUUGGAGGGGUGAAUUUUUUUACGCCUGCCAUUAUUUUGCGCGACCCCGAGCUGAUUAAAGACAUCAUGGUGAAAAAUUUUGAACAUUUUCCGGAUCAUCUCAGCUUCGUUGACGAAAGCGUAGAACCGCUGUUUGGCAAAAACGUCGCCUUCUUGCGCGGAGAUCAUUGGAAAGAAAUGAGGAAUACACUGAGUCCCUCUUUCACCGCCAACAAAAUGAAGUUCAUGUUCGAUUUGAUAUCGGAAUGUUCUCACGACUUCGUCAAUUAUUUGGUCGACCAUCCGGAGCUCUGUCAGGAGGUCGACACAAAGGCGGCCUUUAGCCGAUACACCAAUGACGUAAUUGCUACGGCAGCCUUUGGCAUAAGUGUGAAUUCUAUGAAAAAUCGAGACAAUGAGUUCUAUACAAGAGGAAUAGAGACUUCCAAAUUUAUUUCCGGACCACUAGCAUUUGUUAAGAUUAUAUUUUUACGCGCGUGUCCACGGCUUGCUAAAUUAAUAGAUCUAACUCUUUUCCCGUCGGCCACGUCCAAGUUUUUUAAGAAAAUCGUAGAGGAAACCAUUAGAGCGCGAGAAACACAAGAUAUCGUCAGACCAGAUUUAAUUCAUUUGCUAAUGCAGGCUCGGGACAAGGACAGUGCCAGUGUACCGAAAAUGACAUUAAACGACAUCGUUUCGCAAGCUUUCAUCUUUUUCUUCGCUGGUUUCGAUACCUCCUCGACCCUGAUGUGUUUCGCUGCUCACGAGCUGGCGGUUAAUCAAGAUAUUCAGGAUCGCCUGCGCGAGGAGAUCUUGCAGCAUCUUACCGAAGGAAACGAUGAGAUUUCUUACGAGUCGCUAUCGAAGAUGUCUUACAUGGACAUGGUGAUUUCCGAGACUCUCAGAAUGUAUCCACCAACGAUCCUCACCGAUAGACUUUGCGUUAAGGAAUACGAACUACCUCCGUCACAAACAGGCAGCAAAAAUGUGAUCAUCAAACCUGACAAUAUAUUGAUAUUUCCCGUUUAUGCUUUACAUCGCGAUCCAAAAUAUUUUCCGAACCCGGAUAAGUUCGAUCCCGAAAGGUUCAGCGAGGAGAACAAGGACAAUAUUUUACCAUACACUUAUCUACCAUUCGGUCACGGGCCUAGAAAGUGUAUCGGGAAUCGAUUUGCUCUUAUGGAGACUAAGAUUCUGAUAGCUCAUCUUUUACAAAAGUUUACUUUGAAGACUGUAGAAAAAACCGUCGAACCAAUUGUACAUUAUAAAAAGGGGUUUUCACUAGCCCCUGAUGGCGGAUUCUGGAUUGGCUUGGAGAAAAGAGAAACAUGAAAAUCUUGUGCGAAACUCUUGUGCGAAAAUCUUGUACAUAAUUCUACGGAAUAGUUGUGUUCGUCAAAAUAUUAUGGCAUUUUUAACUUGCAAAACAUUUAAUGCUUUUAAAGAUUAUUAAAAGUGUACAAUAAAAUUUGCGCAAUAUUGUCAUCUAAUGCAUAAAUCAAAUAAUUGUUUUUGCUAAAAGAAAUGAAAAAAUUGAUAAGCAUUGUCACUCGCGAGUCUACUUGCGAGACGUGCUGAUCAUUUUUAAGGACUUAUCUAUAACUUCAACUUGUCAUCCAAUAGCAUAGUAGAGGUAAUAGAGACGAUAUCGUUAAUUCGUUAUAUAAGAGUAAAUAGUUUUAUUACGCGACUGUCUAUUGCAUUUUUUUACUUUUAAGACAAUUUCGUUUCUUAUUAGUUCAAAUUACUUUUACUUUUAGUUCAGAUUUAUUUGUAAUUUGUUGAAAAAUUAAGCAUUUGACGUUAUACCUACAUAACAUUUAUUAAGAAAAUUUAAUCGUAUUAUUAACCGUUAGUUGGUGCGAUAUACGUAUUAUGUACGUAUCGUAUGCGCACUUUUUCAUAUUUUAAUUAUAACAUUUUUAAUAUCUUUAAAAUUAUAAUAUCUUAUAUGAUACCUUAGUAAAAGUUCUAAAAAUGCGGAAAUUAUUUUACAUCACACGUGCGUGGAAAGUGGCACAUUACGCGCGUGACAUGCGCGUAAUGGACCACUUUCUACGCACUUGUAAUAUAAAAUAGGGUGUGUAACACGUGUGUUAAGUUGGAAAUUGGACGUGCGGAGUGAACGCACGAGCCGGAGGCGAGCACUUGUUACACAAAUAACUAUUAUAUUCCAUCAGAAAAUAAUCAGAGUAAAUAGAGAUCAUUGAAUUUUA